CCGGGAGCGGCUGGCUCGGUAAUAAGCAUCAUGAGGCGGUCUGCUGAAGCCCGGUCCGUGGGAGGGGUCUGCCCGAGCUCCCACUCUAAUUGAUCAGGGAGCAGAAGCAGCCGGGGAUGCAAGCAGCCACAGACGGGAAGCGAGAGACGGACGCAUGGGCUUUGCAAAACGGGAAACCCAGCCCUAUGCUGAAAUGGCUGAUCUGGAACUGUUUUACUUUCAUCAACACGAUCUGAAAGACACCUCCCCGGGUUUAAAUCAGCAAAGUGUCCACGAGGCGCUUCAGGAUUCAGCACCAUGGACAGAGACCCGGAGAGGCGCGCGUCCGGAGGAGGAAACAGAGACAUGUUUCACCCGCAAACACCGAGCUGGUGAGGACGAUGAUGAUGUCAACUUGAUAGCAAGUCCACAAAACUGCACAUUGAGCCAGAGCUCCUCUAGUGAACUGUACGAAGAGGAUUUGGUGGAGGAAGAUGAGGAGGAGGACAUCACGGAACUUUACUUGCUGUCCGACGAAGACCUCUCCUCUGAGGCAUCGGGGAAGUCCGUGGAUUACGGCUUCAUUAUCGCGGUGACAUGCCUGGUGACCGGUAUCUCUUUGGUCGCCAUAUCCUACACUGUCCCCAGGGAUGUGCGCGCCGACCCGGACAGUGUUUCUGCCCGGGAGAUGGAGCGGUUGGAGCGCGAGAAAGCCAGGGUGGGGGCCCAUCUGGACCGCUGUGUCAUAGCGGGGCUGAGCCUGCUCACCCUCGGGGGCGUGCUGCUCUCCACCCUGCUCAUGAUCUCCAUGUGGAAAGGGGAGAUGAUGAGGAGGAAAGCCUUUGCGUAUUCCAAACACGCAGCGAAGUUGUACGGAUCAAUUAAUCUGAGAGCUGGCUCGGAAUCCUGCUCACAUGUGUCAGGAACUGAGGAGGAUUUAGAAGUGCUCAGCUGA